AUGCUCCUUCCCCUCUGCAUCAUGCCAAGCAUGUACAGCGUGAGCGAUUUGCUCAAAGACAACUGGGGCAUCAAAAUCAUGGAUUUCCUCAAGAAGAAGAUGAAGGAGCUCAUGGAUGACGACGAUAAGAAACCAGCCGGCAUGUAUUCUCAUGGCGCUCCAGGCGGUGCUGGUCCUGGUGAUCGCGCACUCUCGGAUGGCUACUACGCACAAAGUGGACACGGCGGCCCACCCCAAGAUCAAGGUUACCCGCCCCAGGGCCAUGGUUAUCCUCCUCAGGGUCCUCCUCAAGGGUACCCACCCCAAGGACAAGGCUACCCACCUCAAGGCUAUGGGCAACAACAACCAUAUGGUGGCCCUCCUACGCCCGUAGGCCCACCUGCGCCUUACGGAGCGCCUCCACCAAUGCCGCCAGGCUGGACACAGCAAUGGGACCAGAACAGCCAGCGCUGGUUCUACAUUGAACAAGCCACUGGUCGCACACAGUGGGAUCCUCCUUCGCAUCUGCCACCUGGCCCAUAUGCUCCUCCUCCCGCAGGCGCACCUUACAUGCCACCCGGUGGUCACGAUGAACGUGGCCUUUUCGGAAACACCCAUGGCCACCAGGGACACGACUACACGCCAUCUGGAGCAGCCACCAACGAGGCCGAAAAGAAGAAGAGCGGCCACUCUACUGCCAUGCUCGCUGCCGCUGGUGUCGGCGGUAUUGCAGCCGGUGCCUUUAUUGGCCAUCAACUCGCUGACGAUAGCGACGAUGAGAGCAAGCAACAGUCGUAUGCUCCUCCACCUGCGGCUCCUGCUGCGGCUGCAGGUGGUUACGGCGCUGACCCUGGUUACGGAGCGGAUCCUGCUUAUGGUGCUCCUCCUCCAUCGGAUCCUUAUGAGAACCACCCGGCCUUUGAAGAACCUCCCCCAGUACCAACCCAUGACGAGGACGGUUCCUCCAUCUCAAGUAGCGAUCGGGAGUCUAUGGAGGAGAAGCGCGAGGAACUCAUCGAAGCGCAGGAGGCCUAUCAAGAAGAACUUGAAGAGAACUACGAGGACUAA